GGGGAAGGGCGUGAUCUGCGGGAACCGGCGGGGCUGGGCUGCAGUGCCUGCGGCACCGGAGCCAGCAGGGCAGGGAAAAGUGUCCAGUGAUCGAGAUCUGUUUGUGAUUGCUCCGGGGAUGUGACUGUAUAUGGUGAUGAGCAGGAGGGCUGGUGGUCAGAGCCUGGCUGGGCCUAAAUAAACGGCCCUUCCGUUAGGGAAGGUUGGUAGAACUCUUAAGGAAAGAGGAAUAAACCCAGCCGGCUCCUGCCCCCUGCUUGGUGCCACUCAAACCCUCAGCCGAGAUAGAAGCGUGGCCAGAAUUUCCCUGGUCAAAAGCCUGGGCAAGGGGGCUGAAGACGGGCACACUGAAGUGCCAUGUGCGUGUCCUGCCUGGCAAGGAGGGCAGAGAGUGGAGGUGGGAUCAGCUUUUCUUAUCUACCGCCCUCUCCUCUUUGACCAUCACCACUGAGGCUUGGACAACUUGUGCAGGUUUGGAAGCCACUGCCCCAGUGAUAUCUUGCUAUCCAGGGAGGAGCAUGCACUGGAACUGAAGGACUGAGGGAUGAACAGCACAGGAGUGCCCUCCUUCUGCAGCAGUUAUGUUACACCAAGCCUGGCAGCUCUGUGGGAGGUGGUGCCGCUGGUCCAGCUCUGUUGUCCAUCUUAUCAUGCUGACUGUGAUGACGUUCGGGGUGGUUGCCCCUUUGAUUUGCCACCGGCUCCUCCACUCCUAUUUCUAUUUGCGGCGCUGGCACCUGAACCCCAUGAGCCACGAGUUCCUGGAGCACAACCAGCAGGAGGGACAGGAUGCCCUCCAUUACUUUGAGAAGAUGCAGAUACCAAAUGCCUCUGAGGCCUCUGGCAGUGAUGCCUUCCAGCCCUUGCUGCUGAUCACCAUUAUCACUGUGCAGAGGCGGUAUGAUUUCCACUAUGUCCUGCAAGUGGCCUCCCGCUUCCACCGCCUCCUCCAGGAAUGUGGUGCACGCUGCCGGAGCCACCGCGUGCUCCUCUGCAACGUGGAGUCAGACCCCAGUAGCCAUCAGGAUGUCAGAUUGCUGAGCAGCUUCUUUCCUAUGGUCAGUCGUGACAGAACUGGAGAGAACCCUGACCCCAGAGUGAACCAGUUUGAGAAGGAGAAGCAGGACUAUGUCUUCUGCCUUGAGCAGUCCCUGUUAUCAUACAACCCACAGUACAUCCUUGUAGUGGAAGAUGAUGCUGUGCCAGAGAAGGAGAUAUUCUCUGUCCUGCAGCACCUCUUCUUGGCCCGGUUCUCCAAACCAUAUCUCAGAGAUGCUCUUUAUUUCAAGCUCUACCAUCCUGAGCGGCUCCAGCACUACUUCAACCCGGAGCCCAUGAGGAUCCUGGAGUGGUUGGGCCUGGGCAUGUUGCUGGGGCCGGUGCUGAGCUGUGUGUACUCAUGGGCACUGGGGCGGCCCAGCCCCAGCUGGCUGCUCGUGCUGUUCUUUGCUCUGUACAGCAUGGCCCUGUCGGAGCUGGUGGGGCGGCACUACCUGCUGGAGCUGCGCCGCCUGCACCCCGCGCUCUACAACGUGGUGCCAGUCACCGAGUGCUGCACCCCAGCUAUGCUCUUCCCGGCUCCCUCUGCCCGGCGUGCCUUAGGUUACCUGCAGGGGCUGCACUGCCGGCAGGGAUUUGCUAAGGACACUGCCCUCUACUCCCUGCUGUGGGCCAAGGGGGAGAACGCCUAUGUGGUGGAACCCAAUCUGGUCCGGCAUGUGGGAAUGUAUUCCAGCCUCCGGCUGAACAGCAGCCCGAAGCUACUGUGAUCUGUGCAUGCCUUUCCAGACACAAAAGCCAGGGAACUUGCCACCGGGCGGAAGGGGAAGUGUGCAAACUGGGAUAUUGUGCUGCUUGCACCGGGCUUCCUGUGCCUCCAAAUGGACAAAGAAUAACUCUCUUUAA